AUGUCUCCGCGGCCUGCACUCAUACCUCGACUAUUGCAGCAACAGGUGGAAUCCUCUCGACAUGUUGGCCGCUCUGUCUGGAGACCACUAUUGCCGCUUCCUUGGGAGCAACCGACGGCUCGAUUUUCCUCGUUCGCGCGAACAGCUCGACUAAGGACUCGGCCUGGUGCAGUGACCCCUUCCAAACGAGAUCCUUUCGUCCGCCAGCAGAGCCCGCCGAAAAGGUUCUAUUCUUCACAGGCGCCGUCUCAAAAGCCUUCGCUAUCUCAGCGGCUAAAGACGCUGUCCCGCGAAUAUGGGUGGUCCGCGCUGGGUGUUUAUCUGUUGCUCUCGGCCGUCGACUUUCCCUUUUGCUUUCUAGCUGUGAGACUGUUCGGAGUGGAGCGGAUCGGAUAUUACGAACAUGUGGUUGUCGAAGGAGUAAAGGACCUAUUGCGCAGUAUUUGGCCGAUUCCAAGCAGGAAGGGUCCCAGCGGCGCUGAGGAAGAGGGCGAUUCUCCCAUCAAGAAGGACGAAGCUAUCAAGCCUGGGAAUAGCCAUGGGGUUUUGGAGGCAGAGAAGAACAAUUCCGGGGAAGGAGCAAGCAUCUUGACACAGCUCGCCCUGGCAUACGCAAUACACAAGAGCUUCAUCUUCAUCCGGGUGCCUUUGACGGCGGCUGUCACCCCCAAAGUCGUCAAGACGCUUAGACGAUGGGGUUGGGACAUCGGCAAACGAACGCCCAAGAGCAGCUAG